GUAUGUUUGCUUGUCUUACGGUGUUGUAUAUAGAUUCAAGAUGCUUUGCGAAGAAUGCCAAAAGAUAUUUUGUGGUCGUCAAAUGUUGAGUGAGAUAUAUUUCCGGGCACGUAAUCCUCAUCAUUCUUCCUUGCAAUCAAUUAUUGAUGCUUCGGCCUCUGGCUGUUGGGUUUGUCAUCGACUACUGGCAUCUCUCAGCAGGGAGAUAGAUAUUAAGGAUACACUCGCAGAAAUCUCUCCUUUGAUUAAAUCCUCAACAUGGCACUUCUAUCGAGUAUCUGACCAAGGACGAUGGUUCCUUACCUUUCGAUUUGGAGAUGAUUAUUUUCAUGAUCUUCACGUAAUGUCACACGACGAGUAUGGUGGGCCAUACACAAAUCAUGCAUCAAUCGCGGGCGAUACCACGAUGUCAGAUGCUGCACUAGCACAAGCCUCGAAGUGGUAUUGUGAAUGUUUAUUGAAGCAUACCACCUGCACCACUUCACCAGCAUCUGGCUGCCUCAUGCCAACUAGACUGCUUCGAAUUGAUGAAGAUGAAAAACAUGCCAGGCUUGUCGUAACAAAGGAAAAAGUGGCCCAGGUUUCACAUUAUUCAACCCUGAGUCAUUGCUGGGGAGAUUCUGAUAUUUUGAAGCUCACAAUUUCGAACCUGGAAAGUUUUAAGGCUGGCAUCUCUCUUGAGCAACUCCCGAAGACGUUUAUUGAGGCUAUAUUUGUAGCUAGAAAGUUGUCUAUUCCUUACAUAUGGAUAGACUCGCUUUGUAUCAUUCAGGACUCUGACGAUGACUGGCAGACUGAGUCUGUCUCGAUGGAAGAUGUCUAUGGCAACAGUAUUCUGAAUAUCAUGGCUACAGUCUCCAAAAACAGUCAUGAGGGUCUUUCUCGAUCUCGAGACCCAAAGAUGUUAGAGCUAUGUCCAGCAAUUCAGUCAAAAUGGGAAGAUGCUGAGAACGAUCUAUUCUAUUUAUUCAACAAAGAAAUCUGGAACGACAGAUUGUACAGUGGACCACUGCUAAAGCGAGGCUGGGUUUUGCAAGAACGUGUCUUGUCACCUCGUUCACUCCAUUUUUGUGAUAGUGAACUACUCUGGGAAUGCAGGGAGAUGGCUAGUUGCGAAACAUACCCAGCAGGACUACCAAAUGUUUGCAAGAAGAAAAAUUUCAAGGCCAGACCACUAUCGGUCUCCAAGUUCUAUGAAAGGAAGUAUCUGAUAGACGGAGCUAAUAAGACCAUGAAAGGAAUUGCUUACGAUAGAUGGGUACAGUGGAUUUCCCUUUACGGACAAACACAUCUAACGAAAGAUUCGGACAAACUAGCUGCAGUCAGUGCGCUGGCCAAAUGCACACGGGCAGUUUUUGAUGAUAGCUAUGUGGCAGGCCUUUGGAGAUCUAUGUUUGCUGAUCAACUUCUUUGGUGGGGUAUGUCCAAUUCUCGUCCGAAAGACUAUCGAGCACCGACUUGGUCCUGGGCCUCGGUGGACGGCUUUGUUAACCUUGCUUUCAUCCGUCCAAAUACCAAAUAUCACAUUGAAAUUGACGAGGUACGAGUUACGCCCGUUUCCAGCGUCCAUGACACUGGUUGCAUUUCGGAUGGAUACUUUCGUGCAAGAGGACUGCUAAUACGCGACAAACUUGUCAACUAUCAGAGAGAUAGUGAUUUUCCCUUCCUCGCUGGGAAGGAUGAAGAUACAAAUAUGGUUGUAAGGCUAGAUACACCAGUCAACCAAUGCAGAGAGAAGUUGAUAGUCCUUCCUAUCUUGACAAACUCGAAUGGGCCGGGCCAUGAAGAUUAUUGGUUUCAUGCAUUACUCCUUCAGGAGCGGGCGAUGUCACCAAAUGGCUUCUAUACGCGGAUAGGCUAUGCGUCGGUUGAGAAUAGUUAUGUGAAGAACAAGAUUGGCUUGGAUCACCCCCAAAACUUGUCCAAGUUGAAGUUUCCGGGAAACCAUGUCGGUUCGAGUUCUGAAUCAAAUAAGUCAAACCAAAAUGGGGAAGGUGUAGAUUUCAGCAUUAAGUUAGAUGAGAGUCUGUAUCUAGAGGGUUCACCGGGAUCUUUUAUGGUUUACUGAGAGGCAUUUGGCGGGGAUGGAUUGAAUAGGUAGUUACGUGAAGUUGGAGUACUGUAAUGGAAGAGGCGAGCUGGGUCAAAUUUUCAGCCUGUUAAUAUGAUGACGGAGGUAUGCACUUGGUAUGUGAGUUUUGUGUUUUACUGACAGGUGUUUGUCGGGGAUGGAUUGGAUGGGUAGUUACGUGAAGUAGGGGUACUGUAACGAAGAAGGAGGCAAACCAGGCACGCCCUAUUACAUUUUCGGGUUGCCAAUAUAGGGAUGGAGGUAUACGCUUGGAAUAAGAGUUUUGAUAUUCUUUAUUUGGUCUUGGUCUGUAUUUUGAUAUCAAUUUAUCUAAUCAUAAAAAUCUCA